GCGGGGACGUCACUUCGCAGCUUCCGGGUUGGUCUCGGUGGCCCGGUGAUGCUCAGAUUUUAAUUUUUAUGUUCAUUUUCUGACAGAUAUACAGCCGUAAGUCACAACCACUCAUGCCGUGUUAACAGACUGAGUCAGUAUCCCGUCAGAGCUUUGGUCACGAGGAUAAAAUACACUCGAGACCACUCCACAGCGGCUCAUGCGCAGCGGUUGAAAAAGAAGAGGUCUUGUUGACUUCCAGCACAAAUCAGAGACAAGCACAGAGCGCUGUUGCCCUUCGAGCUUUAACCAACUGCAGCGCCAACUUCGUCCUCCAAGAUGAAGUUGAAGGAGGACAUGAAUCCCCUGCUGCUGCAGGUUUUCCGCUCUGUGGUCUGGGUCUACUCCGUCAUCACGUUCAUACCCUGGUACUUCUUCUCUGGAGCCGGUAGCAAUUUGGAACGAGCCCGUCGGAUAAAGGCGCGUUCGGUUAGUGGGCACCUCGCGGGGCCUUACAGAGCCAUCAACAGUCAAGCAAAGCUGGCAGCGUGGCAGCACCCCGGAGUGGACACCCUGGACAAAAUGUUUGAGUAUGCUGCGAGGAGCUUUCCACACAGAGAUUGUCUUGGCACCCGGGAGGUGCUUAGUGAGGAGGACGAAAUCCAGCCAAACGGCAAGGUCUUCAAAAAGGUCAUUCUCGGAAACUAUAACUGGCUCACGUACCAAGAAGCGUACGAGGCAGCGAAGUGCUUCGGCAGCGGUCUGGCAGCUCUCAAUCAGAAGCCUCUGUGUAACAUCGCCGUCUUCUGCGAGACCAGAGCUGAGUGGGUUGUGGCGGCACAGGCCUGCUUCAUGUACAAUUUCCCACUUGUGACCCUGUACGCGACCCUGGGGCCCAUGGCCAUUGCUCACGGCCUGAACGAGACAGAGGUCACGCACAUCAUUACAAGCAAAGAUCUGCUCCAGAGCCGCCUCAAGGCCAUUCUGUGUGACGUGCCGAGGCUGCAGUACAUCAUCGUAGUGGACAGUAAACCCACAAGCUGGCCAGACCUCCCCAGGGGCAUCAUGGUCUACAACAUGGACGCUGUGAAGGAGAUCGGAUCCAGGCCCGACAACAUCUCGGUGGAACGCAGACAGCCAGAGCCCUCGGACAUCGCCGUUAUCAUGUACACCAGCGGCUCCACAGGCAUCCCCAAGGGUGUCAUGAUCUCCCAUGGCAACAUCAUCGCCGGCAUCACAGGCAUGGCCGAGCGAAUCCCUAACCUCAAUGAGAAUGACACCUAUAUCGGCUACCUGCCACUGGCCCACGUUUUAGAGCUCAGCGCAGAGCUUGUGUGCAUCUCUCACGGCUGUCGCAUCGGCUACUCGUCCCCUCAGACGCUGGCCGACCAGUCCACCAAGAUAAAGAAGGGCAGUAAAGGGGAUACCAGUGUGCUGAAACCUACUCUCAUGGCUGCUGUGCCAGAGAUCAUGGAUCGAAUCUACAAGAAUGUUAUGACCAAAGUGGAGGAGAUGAGCAAGUUCCAGAAGACGCUCUUUGUGCUGGCCUACAACUACAAGAUGGAGCAGAUCUCCAAGGGCUACACUACACCUCUCUGUGACAGCUUGGUGUUCAAACGCGUGCGUUCGCUCUUGGGAGGGAACACUCGAGUGCUCCUUUCUGGCGGCGCUCCACUCUCUGCAGCCACUCAGCGCUUUAUGAACAUCUGCCUGUGCUGCCCAGUGGGGCAGGGCUACGGCCUGACGGAGACUUGCGGAGCUGGCACCAUCAGCGAGGUUUGGGACUACAGUACAGGACGGGUCGGAGCUCCUCUGGUUUGCUCUGAGAUCACACUGAAGGACUGGGAAGAAGGUGGUUACUACAGUACAGACAAGCCCAACCCACGGGGAGAGAUUUUGAUCGGCGGGCCCAAUGUCACGAUGGGUUACUACAAAAGCGAUGGCAAGAACCACGAGGACUUUUUUGUGGACGAGAAGGGCCAGAGAUGGUUCUGCACGGGAGACAUUGGGGAGUUCCACCCUGACGGAUGCCUGAAGAUCAUCGAUCGUAAGAAAGACCUGGUGAAGCUGCAGGCAGGAGAAUACGUCUCUCUAGGAAAAGUGGAGGCGGUUCUGAAGAACUGCCCCUUCAUAGAUAAUAUCUGUGCCUAUGCCAACAGUGACCAGUCCUAUGUGAUUAGCUUUGUGGUUCCUAACCACAAGCAGCUAAUGGCGCUAGCGGAGCAGAUGCAAGUGAGGGGAACGUGGGAAGAGAUCUGCAACAGCCCCCAGAUGGAGAAGGAAGUCCUGCGCAUUAUUACCGAGGCUGCCAUCUCAGCAAAACUAGAGCGGUUUGAGAUCCCCAAGAAGAUCCGGCUGAGUGCUGAGCCCUGGACGCCAGAGACCGGCCUGGUCACCGACGCGUUCAAACUGAAACGCAAGGAACUUAAAACACACUACCAAGAGGACAUCGAGAGGAUGUACGGCGGAAAAUAACUCCCGACACACUCCAGACAACACAGAUACACAUAGACUCGCAAACAUACCCAAGGAACUCAAAACCGCCACUACCAGGACCGUGUCAAGAGGAAAUAUAGUUCAGAUCCAGAUCACACAUACACACAUUGUUACAAAAACACCACAGGCCUCCUCCUCGGCUUCCCUGCAACCAGCUUCGAUCAAAGCGGGGGGGGAAAAUUCCCUGCUUUAGCGCCUUUCUUUCAAGAGGCAGAAAGGCCCGUCACAGAGCGAAUGAGCCAGACGAGCGUGCGCGGUGCGAUUUACUUGCCACUCCUCUUCGAUGGAUUUAGCCCCACGAGUUGGUAUGACUACACGUGAAGUCGGACCUUUGCAUGACUCGAAGUGAAACAAACGCCGGGCCAGACUUGUAUCUAAAUCUGUGUCAGCGAGCUGUGUCUGUCGCUUCUCCUCCCGCUCCACCAGUGCAGCUCGGUCGCGGUGCAGACGCCUGGCGGGGACGCAGGGUAGCGUGAGCCCGACCCGGGGAUCCCUCCUGGGCUCUGAGUAACAUUCAGGUUGGAAUCUUUGCAGGGAUCUCUAUUAUCUUGAAUGAUUUUAUUAUUAUUAUUAUUAUUAUUGUUUUUUUUGUUGUUGUUGUUUUUAAUGUAUGUUGCUGUGUUCAUGUUUGUUCUUUUUUUAGCUUUGAAACCCAUUCGAGGAGUACUGUUCCGCACGGGGAAUCGGUGUUGCGAAGCCAUGAGAGAUUGAGCAUUAAGAUGUUUUAAAUGACUUUUCCUUACUGUUACUUUAUGGUGAUAUUAUUCACAGGGGAUUUCAUUUCUGUUGUGUGUUGUUUUUUUUUUUUCUUAUUUUUUAACGUCCAUUUUGUUUAUGCUAAUUGUUCUUUAAUAAGCUGUGUUUACAAGCGUUUCUAAAUCUUUUUUUUUUUUUUUUCUUCCUUACUCGUCUGUUUCCCAAAGUUCUCACAUUUGAGUGUGUUUAACGACUUAGCUAGUGCAACCAGUUCAGUCUUAAGUCCUUUUUGCUCCCUUGCUGCGAGGUCAAAUAACAGUGGUUUAAGAGAGAAAAAAAAGGCAUCAUUGGGACCUUUCUGGGGUCAUUUUGUUGGUACAUUGACAUACAUUUUCCUGCGGCCGUCAUCAUCAAGGCACCACGUAGAUGGCUCCAAGGGAACUUAUCUUACUGUAGAGAGAAUAGUUACAUUAGUAGUCAUUGAUUGCUGUCCCUGUUACUUUUUAGUGGAACUGUACCCGUUCUCCCUUUUUGCCAUAGGUCUAGUUACUUAUUUUUUAAAAACGUCUAAAUAUGAAAUACAAAAUGAAUGUGCAAUAUUUAUACAAAAAUUUUUUAAACUAGAACAUGUGAGAAGGACAAACACGCACAGGCGGCGGCCCCUCCAUGGCGUAUUAACGGAAGGCCUGUUAGGAAAAUCAUAGGAGUAAACAUGGUAGACAGACACUGACGUAGUAAAGUCUAGAUGUAGCCCAUUUUGAACGUGCUGUGCUGAAACUGUAAUGUUCCUUCUUCAGACUGUAAAGUGGCGUUGUGCGUUGUAGAAACUGCAUGAGGAAAAGUGUACCAAAGCACCCGGAUAUAGGAAGGAGAAACGCACUCUAUUCGAACAACCGAAGAAAUACUUUAUUAUGGGCACACUCCAUGUUUAAGCAGGGUGCAGGUAACAUUUCUGUAUGAUUAUAUUUGUGCAAUGUAUAUAAAAGUGACUACAGUACUUACUAUAGGAUUCUGUCAUCCGACAACAUUUGAGCUUGUGGGUUGUCAGGUUGAUGCUGAUCAUCUCCAAACACCAUCAGCGACUCCCUACAGUUACAGUAUUUCUUCUCUUUUUAGGUUUGUGGACAGGAGAUUGAACAGUGUUUGGUCAGUGGUCCUUUUUGUUUUUGUUUGUUUUUUAAAGGCCGACAUCUUUUCUGUUUGCCACACAUUAAUAAAGGUACAGUCAGGACAUCUCCA